AUGAACUCUCUGGAUACGUUAGGGAGGAUGACGAAUGAAAGUCUGUCUAUGAAUCCAAUCAGUCCUACUAUUUUGGACAAUCUUUCAAUGGAUUUAAAGGAAAGGAGAUAUCGCAAUGGACUCAGUUUUAACGACGAGGUAUCAAGUCCCUCAAUCGUGCCAAAGACACCAAAAUCGAAUAGAAGAGUUUUACCUUAUUCUAGCCCUAUGACUGGUGGAUUUUCGGACUUGUAUUCACAAUCAUUAAAGCGUCAACAUUCACCAAAGAAAUCAAUCAUAUCACCAAGCAAGAACUACUCGGAGCUGGUUUCCGGAUUAAGGGCAGCAAGGGGUAGUCCAGUGAAAUCUCAGCAGAAGGCUGUAAAUGGGGAAAACUACAAAUGGUCUCCGAAAGCACAAAUUGAUAGUCUAAAAGACGAAAAUACAAAGUUACAUAGAGACCUUGAAAAAGCUGAGUACUAUCGGAAGGAAUCUACCCGGUUGCAAAAGGAGCUAGAAAAAUUGGAGAAUAUAAGAGCUGAAUACACACAGGCUCAGAAAGAUGUAAACCAUUGGAAAUUGGAGAAUGAACACUUGAAGGAUGAGAAUCUGCGGUUGAAAAGCUCUCUUGACUUCAAAGGGGCCAAAUUAACUCGACUACAAUUGGAAAUUGAAAGUUUGACCGAGGUAAAGAAAGAGCAGGUUUCCAUUAUCGGAAAGAAAAAUCAGAAAAUUACUGAUUUGAGAAAAUCGUUGGAUUUGGCAUUAAGCUAUUGUUCUAAAUGGGAAGCGCACAUUGAUAAAUAUGUUUCAGAGAUGGAGAAGCUCAGACUAUGCAUACAACAUUUGAAAGAGGAGCAGAGAAAUGGAAAGGCUCAUAGUUCCAAUAUGUACGAUGAUGUCUUUCCAUACAAACAACAACAACCAGAGUGGACCAAGAAAAGCAAGUCUGUUGAACCCGUUGCAAUUCCUUCAUUGAAAAAUGCUAAAGAAGAGUCGCAUAAAGAGUCAAGAACGGAGAGUAAGGUCCCUGGCACUACGCCAGCUUUUCAGAAUUCAUCAGAGGAUUUUAUCGCUGAAAAGAUCGCAAACAUAAUACUAUCACGUACUGAUUUCAAAGCAAUGUCAGAAAGAACCACCGAGGAAGAAAAGAGCACAACCCGAUCCAAAAACACUAAUGAGGUUGAUUUAGACGUACAACGACUUGCUGAUGAAUUAUGCAAGCGCCUAAAUGGACCAAAUUUGGAUACCGACAAUACAAAGACUAUGGGGAGCGAAGGUACGCUUACAUUCAAAGAACAAAAGAGUACGUCAACAGAGUCAUUCCAGGAGGAACUUCCAGCCACUGAUAGGACACCAGAAACUAAACAUUCUGAAAUUGAUGUUGAGCAAAUGAGUACAUCCAAGGAUGUUUCACCACCAUCUAACUCGAAUGCCACAGAGGAAAAACGCAAAAAUUUCAACUGGUUAAUGAACGUGAUUAGAAAUUACAGACAAGGGAGUGAGCAUGAGCUGAUGGUUUUUGAGACGGAAGCCGACCCCGUCGUCAAUUGUGAGACAAGACCACAAACACAGAUUCGAGAGAGCAGUCCAGCUCCACAAUUUUCGCAUCACUUCAGAGAAGAUAGUAAUCAGUCCAAGUUUGAUACUAAAUCUCAUUCUAAGUAUGAUUGUUAUAAUGGUGGGUCACAGCCUCAAUCACAUCACGGAGGUAAACCACCCCGACAUCAUAAACAUCUAGCUGAUGCACAAACUCAAACAAAUACAAUGUUGUCGGACAAUGAGUAUACAAAACGAAGUGAUCAGCAACCAAAAACAGAUGGUGGCCACGUUGGGUACAAGUUUAUUCGUCACUAUCGAAAACCGAGCGUUGAUAAAUCUACCCAAACUUCCGCCACAAAAUUUUUUACGGCUCAAGUAGAACUGCUUGAACAUCAUCAUCCCGCAGCCGAUGAAAAAGAGUUUCACGAAAGCUCUUUCAAAGAUGAGCCGGCAAGAACUGACCCUCACUUUAUGCAUGCUGGGUCGACUGGUGGUGAGCUAUCAUCAGAGCUAAAACAUGUAUUUUAUUGUAAAGGUCCAGGAGACUCCAUGUGCACUUGUCCCGCAUGUUGUGCUAGUGGUGAUUACACAAAUUCGAAGAGGGUUUGGGUGUCUGAGGCUAAAAUAAAGACUUGA